AUGAAGACCGGGUCCACGGCGGUCACUGUCGCGCUGGGGACGCUGCUGCAGCGACACGACGAGGCCUUCCUGAAAUGCACGCUGUGGCCGUGCGGGGAAUACGCCACAGAGCUGUGCCUGCAGCGCAAGCCGAAGAUCCACCUCAUCGACCACAUCGCCAUGGGCGUGGAUACCACGCACUGUCUCAGACGCAUGGGCUUCUACUCCGUUACCUCUAUUCGCGACCCCGCGGAGAGGUGGAACUCUGCGUACAAGUAUAAUCGCUGGAAAAAGGGGAAUGAUUACGGCAUCUCGCAUAAUGCUACGUACGACGAUUUUAUGAUGAAGAUGCCCAACUGCGCCUUGUUACGCUACUAUGAUCUGGGAUCCUCUACAUGCCGCGGGGGCACGGACGACCCUGAGUUUCAGAAGCGCGUGCAGAACAUUGUAACACGGUUCGAUGAGAUUAUAGACUUGUACGGGGAGGCCGUCACGGACUUGCACAAGCGCCUAAUGCCGUUUUUGGCACAGGAGAAUGUGUCAGAGAAAAAGUCGGUGGGGAACGUCCCAAGGGAUAGGAUGGUGUAUGAGCAGGUGCUCUACGAGGCGCUCGUUAUGAGAAGGUUCGAGCUCGCGGCUAAUCCGGACCCGAAGCGCAGGCUUUGUAAGGAACCGAGGGUGCCAAAGUAGGACGGGGGUGUUUCACACACUCUGCCCGCACACCGUGUUUGUGCAAAUGCAUACAAAAAGGAACGGGGAGCAAAUACUGCAUACUGGAACAUGCAAGUCGCUGUGGGCUGGACUGUACGCGUGUACAGGUCGUGGGUUGAUGGGGGGAAGCAUUUUGAUACCAGAAUUGGAGCGUGUAGGAGAUAGGCUAGGGAUAGUAUUCGAAGGCGUGUCUUUUAUUGUCGAAUGCUGCACAGGGCACGUGCAGUGGUGCACAUUUAGAGAAAGGUCAGGGUUUGUGGGGGUAGAAUCGUAGAGAAGUGAGAGGACUCACAAUAUAGGGUGAACCUAACCGAAGUAUGUGGCGGUAUUAGAGCAGGGAGGGGAAUCUAACUUGCCUGACCUUGCGAAUUCAAGGUGAUGCAUUUAAAAGUCGUUUCUUUAAGCGGCCAUAGCACCGAGCAACGGAGGUAUCA